AUGCCCCCUCGAUCCGCUCCAGGUCGCGGCACAGGUCCACGAGGAGGACCUCGUGGACGAGGCCGCGGUGGUGGUGCGGCUCGUGAGAGCACACGCGUUGACAGUCCAAGCAUUGCGGCGUCUGUAAGCACCGUGGGCGUCAAACGUUCUGGAACCGGGACGGCCGGCAGAAAGAUCGCAGUGCGAGUAAAUGCAUUCGAGACCACUGUCCAAGAGGGCUUCAUUUAUCAUUAUGAUGUUGACAUCAUCCCUUCAACACUUCCUGUGCGCAUGAACAUGCUCUUGAUCAAGCAACUUCAAGCCGAGGUUGCUAGAAAUGUCUUCACCCCACCCGUGCCUUAUGAUGGUCGGAAGAACAUGUACGCCUCACGCGAACUUCCUCUCGGUCCCAAUGGAUCUUCCCAAUUCGAUGUUAGUGUGUUCGCGAGUGCCUCCGCCGGAGGUCGGCCUCCCAAAGUUUAUCAAAUCAAGGUAACAAAGGUCGCAGUAAUCAAUCCAGAAAUCUUGCAGAGGUUCAUCCAAGGUGAACAAUCUCAGGAUAAUAAUGUGUCGACAGCUCUCAUGGCCUUGAAUGUUGCAAUCAGAAUGGCUCCCAAUCAGAAGUAUCCGUUCAACACGAGGUCAUUCUUUACUGAGGACGGUAAACGACCCCUUAGGGGAGGAAUUGAGUUAUGGCGGGGAUAUUUUCAGUCAAUCCGUCCCUCCAUGGGUAAAAUGAUCAUCAACCUUGAUAUCUCAACAGGACUUAUGUACAAGCCGGGGCCGCUGAUUGGCCUCUGCUUGGAUUUCUUUGGGAAGAAUGAUCCAAAUAUCCUUUCCCCUAAACGUGGGCUUCCCGACCGCGAGCGACUUCGCCUGCAGCGUUUCAUAUCAAAUAUCCGUAUCACCACGUCCCACGGUCCUUCUGGGCGUGCGCAGACCCGCGUCGUCCGAAAGCUGAGCUCUGCUGGUGCCAGUGGGCAGAAAUUUACGAUGCGGGAAAGUGGUGAGAUCUCUGUGGCCGACUACUUCCGGGUUCACGCCCGCAAGACGUUGAAGUUUCCUGAUUUAUUAUGUGUUGAGGUUGGAUCGGGAGCCCUGCUUCCCUUGGAGCUAUGCGAUGUUCCACCAGGCCAGAUCAUGCGCAAGCAGGUUCCACCACACCUGACCAAGGACGUGGUAGAGUUUUCCACGAUGAAGCCUAUCGAUCGUUUUGAAAGCAUUAAGAAAGGUCUCCAAGUACUUUCUUACGGUCAAAGCGAAUAUGUUCGACAAUUUGGAAUGAACGUGAACGACAAAAUGAUCGAGUUGACGGCCAGGGUUCUUGACCCGCCCACCCUCAAGUAUGGGCAGGGAAGUAAAAGGGCAACUGUUGUAUGGAUUAUCUCGAGUCUGUAUGGCUUGUGUAUUGAUUCCUCGCUUCUAGAGACCUGCCAAUGGAUCAUGGAACAUUAUAAUUUCGGUAGGGCCGACAAAAAGUUCUUCAGGCCCUCCGUUAUAAAGAAAUGGGUUAUCGUCGUUUAUGAAGGACAACGCCGUUUCACCCAGGAUGUCGCACAGCAGAUGGCCACCAGCUUUGUUGCUGGUGCUCGGGCUGUUGGAAUGACUGUUCAGGAUGACCAACCUGUUAUCACCUGGGAGAAUGGUCAGGGAAGGAUCGGUGAUCAACUAAAAAAAGCGGGUCAAACAUGUGUUCAGCAGAAGGGCGAAGGUCCCAAUCUUAUCGUAGUCAUUCUCCCGGAUGGAGGAGAUGACAUAUACACUGCAGUUAAACACUUCGGUGAUGUGACGAUGGGUGUUGCGACUCAAUGCUUGUUGGCGAAGAAAUGCUACCGAGCCAAUGCCCAAUACUGGGCAAACGUCAUGCUCAAAGUUAAUGUGAAGCUCGAUGGCAUCAACUCCGUUCCUGACCUGCCUUCCCUUACCGACCCAGCCCAUCCGACUAUCAUCAUGGGAGCCGAUGUCAUUCACCCCGCACCAGGUACUGAAGGCAGACCAUCUUUCACUGCACUGGUUGCAAGUGUAGAUACGACCGUCUCCAAAUAUGUUGCAAUGAGCCGAGUUCAAACGGGACGUCAAGAGAUGAUCGACGAUCUAGAAGACAUGUGCAAGGAGGGUUUAACAAAAUGGCAGGCCUAUCGGGCAGCCGUUGAGAAAAACACCCAGAAGCCCGCUCGUCUUUUCUUCUACCGAGGUAUUGCCAAUUCGAGAUGCCAAAUGUGUGCUAACGUCGCUCCAGAUGGGGUAUCGGAAGGGCAAUUCCAGCAAGUUCUCGAUCUUGGAGCCUGUGCAGCAUUUAAAAUCGCGCCGAAGAUCACACUUGUCGUUGUCGGGAAGAGGCACCAUAUUCGGAUGUGCCCCGUUAACCCUGGGGACGCCGACCGAAGUGGCAACUGCCCGGCGGGAACAACCAUCGACGCAGGUCUUGGACAUCCGACCGAGUUUGACUACUACCAGCAGAGCCAUGGUGGCCUCCUUGGUACGAGCCGACCUGCGCACUACUCCGUCAUUUACGAUGAAAAUAAUCUGAGUGCCGAUGCUAUGCAGGCAAUGUCGUUUGCACUCACUCACGUCUACGCACGGGCAACCCGCUCCGUCUCCAUUCCCGCCCCGGUUUAUUAUGCUGAUAUCGUUUGUUCUCGCGCUAAGAAUCACUACAACCCUGCUGGCAAUCUACACCUCUCCGACUCGGCGACCCAUACGGAGGCAACCUCUGACCUGCAGGCAUUCAAGCAAGCUUUCGUUCCGCUGAAUCCCAAGCAGUCGGGGUUGAUGUAUUUCAUGUAA